UAGGGCUUGAGGCUGGUGGGGGGGUGGGGGGAGGAGAAAGCUGAGUCCGGAGAUGUGAGCAGAAAAGACGUUAUCCGGGCAGAAAGGAAGAUAGUGGAGGAAAACAGACGAAGGAGCUGUGACCCCGAGGAAGGGCCAUGAGCCUGGCCUGACUGGGCCGUUCCCUUCCAGUUCCGCUCAGUUUCCCGUUUAAUUCCCGCUUCUCCCACCAGCCCCGGCGGGCGAGGUUCGGGAUACCUCUGAGCGCGGCUUGGAAAGCGACCCCUCCUACCGGGUUUCUGAAAGGCAGAGCGCUGGACUGGGCCUCGGGAACUACAAUUCCCAGCGCGGCCUACGGCAGCGGCGUCGGGGUCGGCUGCGCCAACGUCACGGCGGCGGGAGGGUUGGGGGCGUGUCCGGCGCGCUGAUUGGUCAGGUCCAGCCACUGAGGAACCUGCGGAAAACGCGCGCCGAGACCUGCGCCUGCAGACCCGGUUCCUGCAGACCGGGUUCCUGCAGACCGGGUUCCUGCGGCUGGUAGUGGCAGCCGCGGCGGCAUGGAUCUCAGAGAGCUGGAGAGAGACAAUACGGGCCGCUGUCGCCUGAACUCGCCGGUGCCCGCAGUGUGCCGCAAGGAGCCGUGCGUCCUGGGCGUCGAUGAAGCAGGCCGGGGCCCGGUGCUGGGCCCCAUGGUUUACGCCAUUUGUUAUUGUCCCGUGUCGCGCCUAGCAGAUCUGGAGGCCUUGAAAGUGGCAGACUCAAAGACCCUGUCGGAGAGCGAGCGGGACAGACUAUUUGCGAAAAUGGAGGAGGAUGGGGACUUUGUGGGCUGGGCACUGGACGUGCUGUCUCCAAACCUCAUCUCUACCAGCAUGCUUGGGCGGGUCAAGUAUAAUCUGAACUCUCUGUCCCAUGACACAGCCGCUGGGCUGGUGCAGUAUGCAUUGGACCAGGGCGUCAACGUUGCUCAGGUAUUUGUGGACACUGUGGGAAUGCCAGAGACAUACCAAGAGCGGCUGCAGCAGCGCUUUCCCGGCAUUGAGGUGACAGUCAAGGCCAAGGCAGAUGCUCUCUAUCCCGUGGUCAGCGCUGCCAGCAUCUGUGCCAAGGUGGCCCGAGACCAGGCCGUGAAGAACUGGCAGUUUGUGGAAAAACUACAGGACCUGGACACUGAUUAUGGCUCAGGCUACCCCAAUGAUCCCAAGACGAAAGCAUGGUUGAGGAAGAACGUGGAGCCCGUGUUUGGCUUUCCCCAGUUUGUCCGGUUCAGUUGGCGCACGGCCCAGAGCAUCCUGGAGAAGGAGGCGGAAGGUGUUACGUGGGAGGACUUGCCAACAGGGGAUCAGGAAGGACAAGGGAGGAUUACAUCCUAUUUCAACGAAAAGCCAGGAAACCGCCCCCAUCUCCCCCACCGGUACUUCCAGGAACGCGGCCUAGAGUCAGCGACCACUCUCUAAGAGCCAGCCUGUACCCCUUUACCUUCAGUUUGUGAUUAAAAUUGCUUAAGGAAA